AGCCGGCAUUGAGCAGAGCAGAAGUGACUGAGAAUCAGGACGCGGAGGACGAACACAGCACCGAGUUUACUGAUGUAGAGGACGGGUUUAUUUAGAGAGAGAAGAGUUCAGACAUCUGUUGAUCCAGCAGCUGAAAUGGCGGUGAGGCAAAGGAUUUUCAACUCCACGGCGCCCUUCUCCGGGUCAUCCCAGGCUGAGCUGAAGGGGUCUUACCCAUCCUGCUCGGCGGCGGACCAGGGGGCGGCGGAGGAGGAGGAGGAGGAGGAGGGUGGUGGUGGUGGUGGUGGGAAGGACAGCAAAGUGGGCUUCAUGGCCGGCCUCAGCCCGCUGAUAAACAAACUCCUGACACAUGGCACGGCCGAGCAAGUGGGAGAAAGGCCGCUGAAGACCUCGACCUUCAUCGCCCAGGCUGAAUGUGAAACCCAGGACUCCCAAGAGUUCAGUCCUUCCUGCUUUGAGCGCUCCUUCGUUCCCUCCCCGAACUGCUUCAGCAGCAGUCUUUCCUCAGAGCACAACAACGUGGCGUGCCCGAUCACAGCCCGCGCCCGGGAGCCGGGCGGCUCGCCGGCCCAGCUCGCCCCGAGGAGGAAGACCCGGAGGAGGCAGAAGGGCGCCGGCAAGAAAAAAGUGGAGAAGAAGAAGAAGGAGAGGCAGCGGCACCGACACCGGCACCGGCUGCGCUCCGGAGUCCCCGAGCAGGAAAGCGGCAGCUCCCUUGUCCGGACCCUGGUGAGAACUCCGGAUGAGUCGCCACUCGCAGGCGGAGGCGACCUCGCCGCGUCUUGCUGCGGCGGCAUUAAAAGCUCCGAGGAGCAGGAGCGAGGGCCGGCUCCCUUCGGCCGACAGAUCUACCACACCGGCUCCAGCUGCUCCCCUCUCGGGUGGGGGGAGCCGGCGUGCGGGGCCCUCGGCGCACUCGACGCCUAUGGGCGGGACAGCGACUCGGACUCCCUCGGCGGGCCGCUGGGAGACUGCUCGCUGGCCCUCGCCGGCCUCCGGGGCAGCGUCAGCCAGGGGGACCCCUGCUACGCCGGGCCCUUCUUCAAGGAUGUGGAGAGGGAGGCCAGAGAAGAGGGAGGGGGCCGCUCAGCGGGGGACUCCGACAGCACCGAGGGAAUCAUCUUCUACAACCAAAACAUCCAGCCCGUGGACUCUGAAUACAAGGAAGGGAGGGAGUAUGUCCUCACGCAGUUCAUCAAGGGGGGGUCCUACGGGGAAGUGCACAGCGCUCAAGACGUCAACACGGGCUUCAAAUUUGCCGUCAAAAAGAUCGCCCUGAAGAGGUUCAGCAGUGAGGAGGUGGGUGCGUGGAGCGCCCUCAGAUCUCCUCGCGUGGUGGAACUCUUCGGAGUGGUCCGCGAGGGGCCGAACGUUCUCCUCAUCAUGGACCACAAAUAUGGCUCGCUGGGCCGGCUGAUAGCGCAGCGGGGCCGGCUGCCCGAGGACCUGAGUCUCCACUACCACUCGCAAACCCUGACGGCCCUGGAGUACCUACGGAAGAAGAAAGUGGUGCAUCUCGACGUCAAAGCGGACAACGUGUUGCUGUCGGAGGACGGGAGGGACUCUUUCCUCUGCGACUUUGGACACGCGGAGAGACUCGACAAUCAGGGACGCAGCCUCAGCGGGUCCAAAGACCUGAAGGGCACAGAGACCCACAUGGCCCCCGAGGUGGUGAAAGGGGAACACCGCGGAGCCAAGGCAGAUGUGUGGAGCAGCUGCUGUAUGCUACUGCACAUGCUCAACGCGUGCCAGCCGUGGACCAGGUACUACACCUGCAGACUCUACCUGAAGAUUGCCAACGAUCCGCCGCCGCUGCGGGAGAUCCCGCCAGACUGCAGCCCCCUCACAGCGGAGGUUAUCAGGGCGGGACUUCAGAAGGAUCCGGCCAAGAGAGCAUCGGCCUCCCACCUCAAGGAACAGACCGCCAGAGCGCUGAAAGAAGUGGGAGGACUCACCAGUGCGGUGAGGGGACCCUACACGGAGCCCCUAUUCGUUUCCAACAAACCUCCGGACUCCCUGCAAGUUCUCGACGGCAGCGGGAGGGACGAGGUGGAGCACCGGGAAGCCGCUGAGGACGCGGUCAGCGCGGUCAACAGGACGGAGGAGGCGGGGGAGGAGCCCAAGCGAGACUCGCUCUCCUGUCCACAGACGUUGAUCUCUGAGCCGAACUACAAGAGGGGUCACAAGGUCACCACCGUGCCCGAACUCGAGCUGCGCAAACUGGAGAGAGAUUUCUACCUGAGCAGUCUGUCCCAGCUCCACCCGGCUGAGAUGCAGGAGCAGCUGCUGUCGUGUCUCAGCAGCGACCCGUACUCCACCUGGGAGCCCUGGGACAAGAAGGACUCUGGCCGCUGGUCUCUGAGUCCAGGAGACGACCUGAGCUCCGGUGUCUUCUCCUUCAGCAGUCAGCCGGAGGCGCAGGCCUUCAGCGUGGACCUGCUGAGUCACUCCCAGCAACCGCCGGCCUGCUGUUUUGAAGGGGUGGACGUCUGCAUCCGAGACUUCAACAGGAGGAGCAUCCGCAUCAGGGAGACGCGGCGGGUGAAGGUGGGCCACAUCGCCACCGGCAUCAGCGAUCAGAUCACCGAGAGGGUUUUCACCCUGGAAACCCCGCGGGGCAAGCGAGUGGCUCACGACGAGGAGGUGCAGGAGUCCGGUCUGGAGCUCAGCUGUGUUCCGGCUCCAGACUUCAGCUCCACCUGGAGGUGGAGGAUCCGAGACGGGGUGCUGGAGACCAGAUAAGAGGCCCGCGGCUCCCUCUGUCCUACACGCCGCCCUCUGUAGAAGGGUUCCAAACAGCCGCCUUGACCUCGUCUCACGUGGCCUGUGCUUCCAAACGGGCCAAAAAUAAAAUCAUGCACGUCUCAUUAUGACGCCCUUUUUUAUUAUGUGUUCAAUAAAGAGCAUUAAAAACUA